AUGACAACUGUAUAUGUUCUUCUUCUUCAGCCCAAUAUAUCACAGAACUUGAGCAGUCAAAAUGACACCAAAUGCGUUUUUGACGAAGAGUUCAAGUUUUUGCUGCUGCCAGUGUCCUACACAGCAGUCUUUAUUCUUGGGCUUCCACUCAACAUUACUGCCAUGUGGAUCUUCAUUGCCAAGAUGAGACCAUGGAGCCCGACUACAGUAUAUAUGUUUAACCUUGCAUUAUCAGACACACUGUAUCUAUUGUCAUUGCCAAUGCUCAUUUAUUACUACGCCGACCGCAACAACUGGCCCUUUGGGGUUGAAUGCUGCAAGUUUGUUAGAUUCAUCUUUUAUACUAAUUUGUACAGCAGUAUUCUAUUUCUCACAUGCAUCAGUGUGCAUCGUUACCUAGGAGUGUGUCACCCUAUCCGUUCCAUGCAGACAAUUAAAGCCAAACAUGCCCGCAUUGUCUGUGCUGGGGUAUGGUUAUCAGUCACAAUCUGCCUCAUACCCAAUCUCAUCUAUGUAACCGUCAGCCCAAGAGGCAAUGGCACACUCUGUCAUGAUACUACAGUGCCAGAGGAGUUUGAAACCUAUGUGGAGUACAGUACAGCUAUUAUGAGCUUGCUUUUUGGGAUACCUUGCUUAGUGAUCAGUAUAUGUUAUGGAAUUAUGGCCUGGGAGCUGAGGAAACCAGUAAGUGGGUCGCAUCAGACCCUCCCUUCAUAUAAGAAGAGAUCUAUUCGGACAAUAAUCAGUGUCAUAACUGUGUUUCUUAUUUGUUUCUUGCCGUUCCAUGUCACUCGAACUAUGUAUUAUUAUGCACGACUCCUAAAUGCAAACUGCCAUAUACUUAAUGUGAUAAAUUUCACCUAUAAAAUUACACGUCCUUUAGCCAGUGCAAACAGUUGUAUUGACCCCAUCCUUUAUUUCCUAGCUAGUGACAGUUAUCAGAGGAGGCUUGUAAGGGUAAUAGCACGUGGCCCUGGUAUCCUUAGAAGGCGAAUUGUUGAAGGGCAGACUGGGCUAGCAUCACAAUGCACAAGGGGUGGUCUGGCAGUGAUUUCUACUGAAGAGAUUCAGAGCGCUGGAAGUCUUGAGAAUAUACUGAGGGAUGGGGAGGGUAAGGAGAAGACAUUACACACAAGGAGAUGGAAAGAAGAAAGUAGUAAAAAAAAUACGGCUAUUCAGAGAGAACCGCAAAAGACAGAGAAACAUUCAGAGGGGGAAGAAAAAAUAGUUGAAUGUAGAAAUGAAGGAGAUGCCAGUCAUAAGGAAACAGAGGACAAGAGUGAGGAGCAUAGUGAUAAACAUAGUGAAGGGAUAAAAGGAAGCACAAAUCAAAGAGAAAAUGCUGUUAAGGACAUAAAGAAAACACAAAAUGUGGACGAAAAGAAGAAAAGACAGAUCAGAAGGAGAUGGAGUCCAUACAGAAGUAGAAAUGCUGCUGAAAUGAACGGUGACACAAUGUCCAUAGACAAUUUAUGUGAAAUAGAGGGGAGUUCCACAUGGAAUCUUCUCGAGUCAGUUAAAAAUAAUGGGCAGAGGAUGUGGUUGACCAAUGUCAGUGAGGAUAAUGAUAAGGGGGAACAUAUGCAGCAAAGUUUGCCAAAAGCAUGAGGAACAACAGACUUAAAAGAUUGUGUGAUCUGCUGAGUUAUUGAGCAAAAGAACCUGUGAAUGGUAUUGAUAUUUAGCUCCUUCCUAAAUCAGAAGUGCAAUAAAGUGUUUACAGGUUAGAGAAUCUGCUGGAGAGUAGAG